AUGCCAAAGGCGAUGGAUGCCCAGGGCAGCAUUGGCAAGCAAUUCACCGAGCAAGGUGCAAUUGGAUCAAUGGGCCAAAAGAUUGGUGGUCCCUUCGACAAGCAGGGCAUGAUUGGAAAGCAGUUCACGCCCAAGGGCAGUAUCGGCGGGUCUGUUCAGAACGCUAUGGGUGGAGAGAAGAAGGCCAAGGAGUAA